AUGCUUCUGCAGAAAGCAAUAGAAACACCUCAUAGGUUGCCCAAACCUGAGGAACUCAAGGGCAAGCAAUAUUGCAGAUGGUACAACUCUUGGAACCACUCCACCAAUAGUUUUGUUGUUUUCAUAGACAUCAUACAAGAAGGGAUAAUGGUAGGAAGACUAAAGCUAGCUGAGAAACCUCCCUCAAUAACAACAUAUCUGUUUCCCCAACCUCAAGUCAACAUGGCCAACUUAAACUGGCCAAAACAGGAGAAAUGCAAGCUGAUAGUAGAAGUCAGCCCCAACAUGGGUAGAAAAGUCACAAAAGAGGUAAAUCGGAGGCCAAAGGCAACUAUUUCUGCUGGGGUAGUUCUGUGCAGCAAGUGCAAAUGCGAAAGUGAGUUGGGAUAA